UUAAAAGAUCAAAAUCCCUUAUUACCAAAUAAAUAAAUAAAUAAAUAAGUAUAAAAUCUCUCACUGCGCUGGUCCCAGCAUCGGACAGAAGCAAUCCCCAUUAUAUUACAAGAACCCCACGCCUUCACGCCCAGAGGCGUCGACGUUCCGGUGGCAGCGUGGGGGGCCGAGAAUUGGGGGUUGGCGGACGGGAUGGUGUUCGCUUGGAUCACUGCCUUCGUCCUUAUCAUCGCCCUCAUCGUUCUCAUCAUCUACCAGCUUAUGUGCUUGGCAGACCUAGAGUUUGACUAUAUUAACCCAUAUGAUUCAGCUUCACGGAUAAAUAAAGUGGUUCUUCCAGAAUUCGCCCUUCAAGGAGUCUUAUGUCUGCUUUUCCUCUUGUCUGGCCAUUGGUUUAUGUUUUUGUUUUGUGCUCCUAUUGUUUACUACAAUGUGCGACUGUAUCAGCGGCGGCAUCAUCUGGUGGAUGUGACUGAGAUAUUUAAUCAACUCAACAGGGAAAAGAAACACCGCCUUCUUAAGCUAAUCUAUCUUGUUGUGCUUCUCUUUUUAUCUUUAUUCUGGAUGAUUUGGAGCUUGGUGGAGGAUGAUGAGUAGUCCAUCAAAAUCCAAUAUCUAUGGGCAUUUGCUGGUGAUCUGUCAACAAGCUCCUGGAAGCACAAAGCGGCACAUCAAGCUCAAAUUGGGUUGUCAUUCUCUAUUUUGUGAUGCUUCCAUGAAAAUACAAGAUUCCUGUCUUUGUAAUCUGUCCAUCAAACCUGAAUGGUUGUUAAAAAGGGUGACUACUUGUUUACAUUCAUGAAGAUCUUUGUAGUUGUACAAUAUUUAAUAUUUGUGUUAUUGAUAAAAUUCUGAGAUUUGAUUCA